AUGGCUUCUCUACACAUAUUGAAAUCAACUCUCUCCCCACUUUCCAUUUCACCAUCAAAAAACUUGCUUGGGAAAUCAAAUUCCAGGAAAACGAUUUUCAAGCUGACAACUUUGUGUGGAAGCUCAAGAAGAUUUUUUGAGAGACCACAAAAGUUUAAAGUUCUUUGUUCGGUCCAAGAAGAAGAUAAUAGUCAAAGAAAUGGGGAAGAGCCACCAGAGUCAUUGUUUAUGAAGGAACUGAAGAGGAGGGGUAUGGCUCCAACUUCAUUGCUUGAAGAGACCAAUAGGGGCAAUUAUGGAGUGGAAGAUGAAAUGAAAAUAGGAGAGAAAGAUAGGGGUUUCUCUAAAAGAAAUUCAGUAUCUACUGAACUUAAUGAAAGUUUGUCUAAUCAAAGGGAGAAGUCAAUGGCUCUUAAUAGUGAAGGACUUGAGGGGUUAAUUCCUCGGGCUAAACUUUUGCUCACUAUUGGAGGAACUUUCUUCUUGGGAUUUUGGCCGUUGAUUCUAAUAACCGUUACAUUUUUUUCUGGUCUCUACUUUUACUUUGGGCCAAGUUUCGUUCAUGAUGGAAGGGAUGCACCAGUCUCACCACCACCGUAUAUUGAUCCAUAUGAAAUGCUGGAAGAUGAAAGAAUAUCUCAAAUAGCUCCUAACACAUCUCUGGGAUACCGAAAGGCAGACAUGGUUACAGGGCCAGUAAACGAGCAAAGCUUUGCUCUACACAUUGUAAAAACUGAUGAUGAUGGUCGCUUAAAGAGAACAGGAAGUUUGAUGGCUGCAAGUGCACAUAUCAUUACAGCUGUUAUUGGAUCUGGCGUUCUAUCUCUUGCAUGGGCCACGGCUCAAUUGGGUUGGAUUGCAGGACCUAUUGCUCUCCUAAUCUUCUCUGUCGUCACUUGGUUUACUUCCUGUCUGCUAGCUGACUGUUAUAGGUUCCCAGGUCCCCAUGAAGGGACAAGAACCUACACUUACAUGGGUGCUGUAAAAGCUCAUUUAGGAGGAAUCAAGUACAUACUUUGUGGGAUAUCUCAAUAUACAAAUCUUGUAGGAACAUCAAUAGGAUACACCAUCACCGCAUCUAUAAGCAUGGCGGCAAUUAAAAGAUCAAACUGCUUUCACAAGGAGGGCCAUAAAGCAGAGUGCCAUGCAUCAACGAAUAUGUUCAUGAUUAUAUUUGGGAUUGUACAAAUCAUCAUGAGCCAACUACCUAAUUUUCAUAAGCUUGCCGGGCUUUCCACCCUCGCUGCUAUCAUGUCUUUUGCGUACGCAUUGAUCGGUAUCGGUCUUUCCAUAGCUGAAAUUGCAGGAGGGAACCGUGUUAAAACAAGCCUAACAGGAACAGUGGUAGGGGUGGAUGUGACAAGCACAGAGAAGGCUUGGAAUUGCUUUCAAGCCAUUGGAAACAUUGCAUUUGCCUAUACGUAUACCUCAAUCCUUGUUGAGAUACAGGAUACACUAAAAUCAAGCCCACCAGAGAACCGAGAGAUGAAGAAGGCUUCACUAGUUGGAGUCGCAACAACCACUCUAUUCUACAUGUUGUGUGGAACGCUGGGUUAUGCAGCAUUCGGCAAUAAGGCGCCAGGCAACUUCUUAACAGGAUUCGGUUUUUAUGAGCCUUACUGGCUCAUUGACUUUGCUAACAUGUGCAUUGUUAUUCACCUUAUUGGGGCUUACCAGGUAUUUUGCCAACCGACAUUCAAGCUUGUGGAAGAUUGGUGCAGCAAAAAAUGGCCAGCAAGUGGAUUCGUAACAAACGAACACCCUGUUCGCAUUCCAUUUUGUGGUGUUUUUCCUGUGAAUUCGUUCAGGCUAUUGUGGAGAACAGCCUAUGUGAUAGCAUCGUCUGUUCUGGCCAUGACAUUUCCAUUCUUCAACAGUGUUCUGGGUCUCAUUGGUGCAAUAUCAUUUUGGCCAUUAACUUUGUAUUUCCCAGUUCAGAUGUACAUAUCACAAGCCAAAAUUGGACCAUUUACCUUCACCUGGACAUGGCUAAUGAUUUUGACCGUGUCUUGCUUGAUUGUAUCACUUGUUGCUGCUGCUGCAUGCGUUCAAGGCCUCGUUACGGAGCUCCACGCCUACAAGCCUUUCAAAUCUGUUUCUUAG